AUGCGCUCCGACAAGGUUCCCGGAAGAAUUGUUCUGCACAAUCCUUACCGUCAAACCGUCGCUAAAUACCCUCAGAUAUCAGGCCCUGGUCCUCCAAGAUCCGGCCUUGAAACUGACCCUAGCGAACAUCCAAACCGAGCUGCGCGAGAAAUUGUGGCUCCUUCUCAUAAAAAAUAUAUUGCAGAUUCAUACUUUAAGGAACACAAUAGCUUGACAGAUUCAAAAUUUGAAGAUUAUAUUGCCCAAGAAAUUUCUAAUGGAUCAUGUGAGUUGUUGGAAGAACUCAAAGUUGGGACAAAGAUUAUAUCCUUGCAUCAAAAACUGAUUGGUGAAGGCUCACAUCGUCAUCUAUCGUUGGAGAGUUUGCUUGAGUCCAAGUUUGGAUCUCAAGAAUUUUGUGAGGCUAUAAUCAUUGAAAGACUACCUUCUGGAGUCUUUGCAGAUUUGUUUGAGCUGCAACAUUUGGUGCAGCGCGGUGUAUUCACUGAAGCUGGUGUAUUUGGAGACACAAAUUUAGAAUUGCCUUCAUUUCGGUCAAAUCGGUCACUGAUUGAGGUUCACUUGGAUAUUGGCUCUAAAUUAUUGUCAAGGCACAAAGAUGAAGUAGAAUUUAAAAUUGAGCUUCCACUACACGCACGUUAUCAGCCACUAGGACACGGGUUUUCAAGGGUUGAAUUUCGCCCUCCCAAUUUAUUCAUGCAGUGUAGCAUUGAAAGAAAAAGCAUGGAGAAAUGUAUAUUUCCAUUAAGCUACCGCAAUGGCGAAUCUAAAACUGAUGAGGUUGUGUGGGAAAUACCUUGUGGAGACAAAGAACAUGCAGGAAUUGUAUCGGCUAUUACUUUCAUGUCAGCUAUUCUAUCAGCUCUUCUAAUUAUCCUUGUAUCUAUUUACUAUUCUGGUAGUAAUGAUUGUCCUGACUUUAAACAAUUGUGAAAUGUGGUUAGAUUAGACAAAUUGAAUAUGACCACAUAAUUUUAAAAAUAAAACAUAAUAUUUUUUCAUCCAUGACUAAUGAAGGGUGGGCAAAUGAUUUUUGUUUUUUCUAUUGCGGGAUUUUUUGUUUUUUUUUUUGUUUUUUUAAUAUGUGGAUGAAUAUUUGCACUUAUUAGUGUUUGGUGGAGGUUUGAGAU